GAGCGUCACAGGGGGGAGCGGCGGGGCAGCCCGCGCGGCGGGCGAGUGCCGGGCACGUGACCGCCGAGCGGGGCGGGGUGUCGGCCGGCUGGCCGCGCUUCCGGGCGAGCGCGCGCCGUGCGGGGACUGGGGCGCGGCAUCGCGAUGGAGCUGGUGGCGGAGCUGAGGGGCCGCGACGGGCAGACGCGCUCGGUGCGGGUGCCGUACCCGGCGGAGGAGGGCGAGGGCGGCCAGCUGCGCGGGCUGCGGCGAGCCCUGGCUGAGCUGCAGGAGCGGGUGGUGGAGCUGCUGGCGCCCCUGGUGCAGGAGGAGAGAGAGGCGGCGGGCGGCGGCGGGCCGCGCGGUGAUGUCGAGGAGGAUGAUGAGGAGGAUGAGGAGGAAGAGGGCGAAGACGAAAACAACAUCGACACGAAAGCGAGCGCCGAUGACCCACCUCCCAAGCGGACGAAGGUUCAGCAGCCCUGACGGUGGCGUUAGAGACUGGGUUUAGGCCUAGAGAGGGACGUGUCAGCUGUACCGACUGUAAGUGUCCCCGGGCGCGGUGUCCCGGGCGCGGGUAGGCCGCUCUGGCCAGGCAGGCGCCUGCGUCUCUUCUGCUCGUGUUUUAAAAGUGAAAUGUCGAUCCCGACACAAUUUUAAUACGGAAGCCUUAACAAAAGGAUGCGCCUUGCUGUUAGCAGCGUGUGGCUUACAGGGUACCGGUGUUACGGUGAGAAGAAUUUUUAGUAAACUAGUUGACAAAUACACAACUGUUCUCACAAGUCUUCUGACCACUACGUUUUUAAUUGCUUUUUCCAAGUCAUAGUAUUUCUUCAUGGGACUUAAACUAUUAUUUUAAAAUAAAAUAAUAAAAUCUGGAAAGAGUUA